CCGGACGCGCAAGGUGGGGUGAGGGCAGGACCCGGCGGGAGAGCUCAUUGUGCCGUCCCCGCUCCGGGUGAGAGGUUGCCAGGGAGUCGGGGCAUUACAUUUCUGAGAUUUCCACCCGGCCUAGUUAUGGAAGCGAGCCGAGUCGCCUUGGCUUGGAACCAGAAGCCUGACCCAUAUGCCUGGGGCCCUCCAGCCCGCUCUGUUUCUCUGAGGGACAUUAAUGUCUUCAGCACUGGAGAAGAGGCAUGGGGAAGUCUUUGGUGGUCAAAAGUUUGCCAAGAAAAUGCCGGGGAACAAGUUCUUGGCAAAGCUCUGCAACUUCAAAGGUGAAGGACAGAGAUAAUGGAUAAUUACAGAAUAAGAAGGGCUGAGUGCUGGGUGCAGGGGUGAUGCCCAGCAGUAAGAGGCGCUUUGAGGGUAUGGGACAGAGAGGAACAGUGUUUCCUGGAAAUAAUUCUGGAAAAGAUCUUUAUGGUGGGGCUCAAAGGUUAAAGAGUUCUCUAAGCCAAAAGGAAAAGGAAAAGCAUUUCAGGUGAGGAAACAACAUGUACAGAGGCACAAAGGCUUGGUGUCUUCAGGAAACUGCUGAUAGUUCAAGUGUCACUGGAAGUGCGGUGAGAGAGGUCAGAAGGGACGGGAUGCUGAGAGAUCUUGUAAGCCAGGAGAUGGAGAAACCACUGGCAGGGACAGGAUUGGGAGCAGUCAGCAAAGACGGAAACUGAAGUGGCAGACUCAGAAUGUUGCGUGUGAGAAGAGACCUGGGGCUGUCAAGCCGGAAGACUGAAGGUCUUCUCCGUGCCUCUGCUCCAGUGCCAAACACAUGAAUAUCCAGCGGAGAAAUAGGGCAAGCCAGAGCACCUGGCUACCUUCCCCAGGCACACGAGUCGAGCCUGUGGUCAAAUGCCCAGGCCAAAGAUGCUGGGAGGUGAGGGAGAGGGGCCAGGCUAGUGGGCACGACAAGGACUUGAGGGCUGAUUAGUCAACGAACGUGGAAAGAGCAAUCAAAGAUGAUGCUCAGGGCUCUGCCAGUCUGAGACUUCAGUCAAUGACAAAAACGCCAGCAAUGUCCCGGUCCCUGUCCCUGUCUUCAAUCCUGAAGCGGUCAUCGCCCACUGCUUCAAGCAGUUCAAGCAGGGCUUCCACCUGCCUAAGAGCCGCCGGCGGAUCAUCAUCGCGCCUCCCAUGGAGGGUGAGACGCCCAGCAGUCCCACACCCCACCCCCAGCCUUCCCCACAGCCUGUCCCCAGCUUCAAAGCCCUGGAAGCUGGGGAUAUCCAAGAACAGCCGGAGGACAGUAAGACCUGGCUGAGGAAGAGGGCAAAGCUACGGAAGGACCUGGACUCCUUUGGCGACGUAAAGAGGUGGCUAGAGAACAAGCCCAGCUUCACGCCUUUAGAGGCCAAGGUCUUCGACAUGAUCCAGAAGGAGCAGAAUGUCCAAUCGGUGGCCCCCAUGCCUGCUCCCAGGACCGCCAAGAAGAAAGCCCCCCAACUCUUCCGCCGAAAGAUGCCCCAGCUCCAGCUGCCCAAGCCCUCCGCCCUGUUGGCCCUGUUCUCCUACCUGCAUGGCCGCAAGAUCAAGGUCCUGGAGAUCUUCAACAAGGUGGACCGCGGCGAGAACCAGAGAAUCACCAGAGAGGAGUUCAUUGCGGCCGUAAAGGCAGUCGGAGUCCCUCUGAAGAACCAAGAGGUGGAGGAUAUAGUGAUCUAUCUCAGCUCUCUUGGGAAGCACAACACCAUCACCAUGGAUACGUUGGCCAACACCUACAAGCAGUGGUCUGUGGCCCAGCAGAGGAGCACCCUGCCCACUGCACGGGAGUACUUGGCCAGGCACAGAGCUUCCCCAAAGAGCCUGCCCAAGAACCAGGCUGUGGACCCAGCCCCACAGCCCCCCGAGAUGGACCUGCUGAGAGUGCCCGUGGUCGACUUGCGGAUGGAGGCGCGGCCCAUGACCCUGGAGGAGAUGGAGGACGUGGGCAAACGGUACCGCGAGCGGAAGCGGCAGCAAAAGAGCUCCAUCCCCUCCAUCCAGUACAUGGAGCAGUGCCGCCUGGUGCGCUGCGGGACCAAGCACUUUGACGAGCACUGCCUGCCGUCCACCAUCCACGGGGAGAUGAACGAGCUCAUUGGCAUGUCCCGCAGGGACAACUUUCUGGUCUACCUGCAAUGCUGGAAGCUCUGUGAGUUCUAUGGCCUCCCACUGACGGAGGACAUCCUCAUGAAAGCGCUGCUCUACCCGGGAGACAAGAUCAUCCUCCUGCAGGACCAGGUGCGCCCGAUCCGGCAGCCCGGAGGCUACUACUCUGACUGGAAGAUCUUCAGGGCGAACCUGGCUCUGCUCAGGUCCCAGGGCCUCAGACAGUCUGCCGACAAGAAGACUGACAAGACAAUCAAGAAAAUGCAGUUUAAGGAGUUUGAGGAAUUCACCAGGAAGCUAAAGGGGAAGAGGCUCAGUGGUCCGCAGCGAACCCACCCCAAUUCCUUCUGGCCUGGGCACCUUCUGGAUAAGCUGUAUCUCUACCUGCCCACCGUGGCCACUGACCGGAGCCUGGCACUAUUCAGUUGCAUCCAGCCCCAGCCCCAUGUCUACCCAGCCACCUACCACUCUGACCACUGGUGGCCCAUUAGGGAGACAAACUACAUGACCCACGGCCAGUAUGAUGCCGCCAAGGUCUACUACAUCAACUAGAGUGGCCCAGGUGUCGCUGGACCCAGCCAUCCUGCGCCAGGGGCCAGUGUGGCAAGCUGCCCAAGCCACAGACACAGGAGUGUCAAAGAGCUAGACAAAAUUCCUUUCAAUGGAAUGGCCUAGGGCCAGCUCCUUCUGGACCCAAAGUGUCCAGUUUCUCAGAAGAUAGAUGUGUCUAGGGAAAAACGUGCAGUUUUUGGACUGUUUUCUUUCCCUGACCUUUGCCCUUUUGAAAUAAAGCAGGUUGGAGUUUUUCUCA